AUGGCUGACGGAAAGGCCUCGUUCUCUAUUUCCGGAAAGCUCUCCAAGUAUAAAGAAGACUGGGAGAGAUGGAUCAGAAGACAAAUCAAGGAACGCGGUGGUGACCGAAGCGUUCUCUGCGACACCACUUGCCCAACAGAAAUCAGAGAAGCUCUCACAGUUCUCGCGGAGCAUCUCCCCACGGUUAGCGUCGACGAGCUCGAAAGGGCCUUCAGCAUUGCCCAGAACAUCAACUACUACGCCGUUACCGAGUCCACCGAGAAUCAAAUGCCCAACGACCUCAGCGACGAUGAAAAGAAAUGCAUUCGUGUUGAGAGAGAGUAUGUGUUCUCUCAACCUGGAAUGCCAAUCAUUAUCAUCACGGUGUCCCUCGCCGCGUUCCUACAGGGACAUGUCCAGGCUUCGAUCAAUGCAGCCGACAUCUAUGCCACGGAUGUGUGGAACCCUCUGCACUUACCGAAGGGUGAUGAGACUUGGACUUCUGGGGCCAUGAACGCAAUGCCGUACUUCACUGCAGCGUUGCUAGGUUCGCCAAUGUCCCUCCCUAUCAAUAUCUGCAUCGGUCGUCGAGGGGCACUCACCGUUUCUGCCUUCUUGAUCAUUGCAAGUUCCAUUGGCUCUGCGUUUUGUCAGACAUGGCUGCAAUUGCUCUUGGUCAGGAUCAUCGCUGGUGUUGCAAUGGGUAUCAAAGCAGUCAGUGCACCUGUCCUCGCCUCUGAGACAUCCGUCCGCUUCUGGAGAGGCUCUAUCGUACUGGCUUGGCAGCUCUGGGUUGCAUGCGGUAUCCUCAUCGGGUCUGUCAUCAACAUGGCAAUAGCCGAUGCCACUGGAUACCUGCGACAAGAUGAAGAAAGCAGAUCGCGACUGGCUCUGCGACUUAUCCUCGGUGCCCCAGCCGUUCCAGCGCUCUUCUUACUUAUCGCCGUGGCUAUGUGUUAUGAGAGCCCACGAUACUACAUGCGCUCCGACACUCCUGGUUACAGCAUUGACCGUGCCUUUCAGAUUCUUCUGAAGAUCAGAUCUCAUCGUCUUCUAGCCUUGCGUGAUCUCAUCCUCAUCUGGUGGCCCAAUCGGCCUCAGAGGACUGAUUCUGACCAGGCAAGUAUCAUGGGAAACAAGCAAAGCGGACUUACAUAUAUGGGGCGCGUUGCAGCAUCUUUGAAGCUAUCAAGGCUGCAGUACUCAACCCUUUUCCAGGCAAGAUUCUUGAGGAAUGCGGUGUAUAGUACCUGCAUAGUGUCGCUGGCACAGCAGCUUUGUGGAGUCAAUGUCUUUGCAUUCUACUCCAACAAGAUGUUCAGUGGGACAUACGACAACCUCAAGGCAACUCUAGCAUACAGUGUCGGAUUCGGUGGUAUAAACUUCCUAUUCGGACUACUUGCUAUGAGAUCUAUCGACACGCUUGGCCGCAGGCGAUGGCUGCUUCUCACGCUGCCGUUAAUGAGCCUGUUCCUCAUGGCGGCAGCUAUUGCGUACAACGAUAACUUCUCAAAAGGCAUAGAGGCUCGGAACAUAGUUGGAACGGUCUUUGUUUUGUGGCUGCUUAUGCCCCUGGCUUGGGCCCGAUCCCAUUUACCUUGGCUUCUGAGAGGCAGUUUCCCGUCAUCUCAUCGUGAAGCAGGUGCUUCAGUAGCUAUCACCAUGAAUCUCUUCUUCGCAGGUCUUUUGUCAAUUCUGCUGCCAGAGAUCUAUGACGCUUUCCAUGCAAGAGGGACACUGGGCGUUUUCUCCGUUCUCAACGUCAUUGCGUUCAUCCUGGUCCUCUUCUUGAUUGAAGAAACAAGCAGUCGGAGUCUGGAAGACCUUGAAAAGGUCUAUGAGCGCCCAAAGAUCCAGCUGAUGAUGUGGGUAUGGCAUGAACAACUCCCUUACUUUAUCCAGAGGUGGAUUCUUUGGAACAGGAAUGUCGAGGAGCCUGUGCCUUAUGAUAGCUUUGCGGAGGAGGAACAUGGUGGCGAGUCAGAAACGGAGAUGGAGAGUUUGGGAGAAGUGCGGUAG